AUGUCACUCAAAUCCCUGAGUCUCUUUCUCCCCCUGGUCUCCCCUGCCCUUGGACUUGCUCCUCGCCAGUCAACUACGUGCAGGGCGAUACCUGGAGACCCUGGAUGGCCGUCUACCUCUGCCUGGGAUGCUCUCAAUAGCACCGUCCAUGGCCGUCUCAAAGCUACGGUCCCACUUCCCAGCGUCUGCCAUGGCCAACCCUUCGGGACGUAUAAUGAAGACGCGUGCGCCGCGAUCAAGACCGCAUGGCUUGAUGAUACAACAUUCUUGAGCAAUCCAGCCGAAGUCAUGAACGCAGGCACACAGAACUACUCGUGUGUCCCGUUUACCUCUCCCUCGCAACCCUGUGAACUGGGAAACUAUGCCAGCUACUCGAUCAAUGUCACGGGGGCAGACGAUGCUAUUGCGGGAGUCAAAUUUGCACGCCAGAAUAAUAUCCGUCUGGUGAUUAAGAACACUGGUCACGACUUCUCUGGAAAGUCUACCGGUACCGGAGCACUUUCGCUGUGGACACACUACUUGAACACGACAGAGAUCAUCCCCUCGUACGAAAGCACCGACUACACUGGGCCUGCUGCAAAACUAGGAGCCGGCGUCAUUUCAGGUCGCACUUACCAAGCUGUCGCCGAGGAGGGUUAUCGGAUCAUGGGAGGGACUUGCCCAACCGUGGGCCUGGCUGGAGGAUACACAUCAGGCGGCGGGCAUUCCCUACUCAACGGCGCAUAUGGAAUGGCGGCGGAUGCGGUCCUUGAAUGGGAGGUCAUUACAGCCCAGGGACAGCACCUCAUUGCCAGCCAGUCCAAUAACACCGACCUGUACUGGGCUCUGAGUGGCGGCGGUGCAGGCACUUUCGCUGUCGUCCUCAGCAUGACCACUAAGAUCUUCCCUGAUGGUCCGAUUGGAAGUGGAAUUCUACUCUUCAAUCUCACCUCUAAUAAUACUGAGCAGUACUGGGGCGCGGUCGAAGACCUUUGGGCGUUUCUGCCUGACUUUGUCGACGCUGGUCCCAAUACCUGGGACUUUGCCCUAACUCCCACUGGCUUCCAGGCAUACGCCAUCACAGUCCCCAACCAGAACGGCACACAGGUGCAAAGUCUACUACAGCCAUGGCUAGAUGCUGUAGCCAAGCGCGGCAUCAAGUACUCUUACACCCCUACAGACUCGUCAAACUACCUGGAAUACUUCUCCAGCCGAUUCGGCCCUGGCAUUGCCGGUGCAGGACCCGCAACCGUUCAACUUGCCUCACGUCUAAUUCCUCGCGCCGCGAUGUCCAACGCCACUGAAACCAAGACCAUUGUAGACGCACUGCGAACUAUCGUCGAGGAGGGUGAGAACCUCCAACUGGGCUGCCACGCCCUCAACGUCGGCAAUAUCGAGCACCCUGACAACGCCGUCCUGCCCGCCUGGCGCGACGCAAUCGCAACCUGCAACGUCGUCAACUACUGGGACUGGAACAUCACCGCCGCGGAAAUGCAGUCUCGCAAGGACCUGCUGGUGGACUACCUCAUCCCGCAACUUGAGGAGGCCACGCCUGGGGCUGGCACUUAUCUUAACGAGAUCGAUGCCCAGUGGAAGGGCGACUGGAUCACGGAACUCUAUGGGGAGAACUAUGACCGUCUGCUCGAGAUAAAGAACAGGUAUGACCCUGAGCACACGUUCUAUGCCAGAACUGCUAUUGGCAGCGAUUCGUGGUUUUCCGAUGAGGAUGGCCGUCUGUGCAGGGCGUAG